AACUCACAUGUGGAUUCAUGGAGGCAAGCUUUUCACCAACCUGGAUGCCCAUACUGGACACAGCCAUAUGCAAUUUCAUAUUGCUCCACCAACUAAGAAAUGGUCGUUCGUAGGGAUGAGCUACAGUCAACAAACUGGCAAUUUGGUGAUGUGGGUCGAUGGUAAUGUUGUCAUCAAGAAUGUCGGAGCCAUAGGACUCCGAGACAUGUUGGGUGAUUUGUACGUUGGACUCAGACCGGCAAAUGGUGGGUCCAAAUUCACGGGAAAGCUGGCCGGAACAACGCUGAUGAGAUGUGCAGUCAGUGGUAAGGCCCAGAUCGAGGAACUUAGGAAGCUGAUCAUAAGUAGAGCCAAACCUGCUACAUGUGACACGCAAAUGAAGACCAAGGUAGCUAGUGGAGUGACAUAUACAUUUGCCGGGAUGCAGUAUUACUGCAAGGAUGACGGGAAGUAUGCUGAAGUCAAGAAGGUUGGCAAUUGUGCUAUCCCUUUCAAAUACAAGGGCGUGUGGUACAGUGGAUGCAUCGAUUCAAAACCAUGGUGUUCAAAGGACCACGUGUACACCAAAAACUGGGAAUAUUGUUGAACCCGAACAUAUCGAC